AGCGGUGGUAAUAAACAGAAAGAUUGAUUAUCUGUUUCCAUUUUUACCUACGCCAUACAAGAAAUAAAACCCCAAAAGGUUCAAAUCUUCUGCAUAUUUUAAGCAAAGCAGCCAUCUGGCCUAAAUCAUCUCUGAAUCUACAAGAAAAGUUGGAAAGAUUGAGCUUCACCUAGCAAGUACCUGAAAUUGUAAUUGUUUUUCGCUUUCUAGGUCUUCCUUGAUGAGCUGCCAUUGGCCUUUGACAAGAUGCAUGGAUUCUCCACGGUCGAUGGCUUUGUGGAGAUAACUGAAAGCUUGGCUGAGAUGAUUAAGUACGUGGCAAAUGAACCCUCAGUAGGGCUCUUCUAUGUUCAGCAGCAUGCUCAAAAUGCAAUUCCGAAUGUCAUUAGGCUCAAGAAUAAUGUUGUGGAGAAGUCACGUGCAACAAAUCUGCACACUGAAGACUUGGAGGAUUGUAUAACAAUGGUGAAGUCAAUGAAAGAAUGUGGUUUCCCUGUUGCUGAUGAGAUGAUUAGAGACAUCAGGAAAUCUUUAGCAACAAUGUCAGCUAAACAACCAAGAAGAGGAUUAAUUAAUAGCCCAGUUUCAGGUUUUCAGAUGGGAAGAACCAGCUCACUGGGACCAGGCACUUGGGGUCGUAAUGGAGAUGAUGCCGAGAAGGAUGGCAAAAGGACGAGCAAUUACUUUUCAACUGUAUUUAAGACUGCCAAAGAAAAGGCAAGCAAUUUCAAGUGGCCACCACUUGAUUCCAAAGAAUCAACCACAAACCAGGCAGAAAAACUACUGUCUUGUCCUACUUCAUCACAAUCGGUCACUAGCACUGGCUCGUCUCUGCCUGAUGUGGAAGCUGAUGAAUUGCCCUUGUCAAGUCCGACCGCUGGAGGACAACAAUUAGAUGAAGAAGAGGAUCAAUCUGGUGUGAACUUGCCACGUCAUAAUAUAUUGUUGUUAACAGAGAACUUCGAUGACUUCAAGGCUGAUAAGGAAGCCAAGCUAGAGGAGUGGUUGGGAGGGACUGCUGACAACCUAGAUAAACUGCAGGAGGGCAAAUGAUGCUUGCGGAUUUUCCUUUUUUUUUUUUCCUUCGUCUUCUUCUAACAUGAUGUUCGAUGCCAUUGCUUCCCAAAAAAUCUGUUGCUUUUGCUCUACUGAUCUCUGAAAUGAUCCUAUGCAGUAGGUUGAUCUUAGUAAAAAUUUUCUGAUA